AUGGUGGAUGCGUCAGAUGCAGGCCAAAGAGCUCGCCGGGCAUUUUCCCUGAUGACCGCGGCCUUCAGUCUGAGCCACGCUGCUUUGACCACUGCCGUGAUGUUCGCGACCUCGGCGCUUGGGGACGCGCUGGGCAACUUCAGCAACGCCACACUUUACACCGUUAGCUUGCUCUCGUCCUUGGUCUUUGCCCCGUGGUUCAUCAACCUGUUGGGCCCAAAGAGAGGCUUGCUCGGCGGGUUGGCAUCCUGCACCGUCUACUUGCUCUGCUUCUCUAUUGCUGCACUGGAGCUUCCAGGAUGCGCUUGUAAAGAUACGCGUGAAGCAGUUGCAUUGGUUGGAGCUGCUGUGGGUGGACUGGGCGCAAGUCUUUUGUGGACGGGUCAGGGCAUUUUCUUCUUGACCGUCGCUCAGCAACUGGCACGACCUGCAAAGAUUCCUAUCUGCGAUAGAGAUGCUCAGGUAGAGCUAAGCAAGGCGACGUCCCAGCUCAGCUCGAGCUUCGCCUUUUGGUUGCUGAUGGUCGAGUGCGUUGUAAAGCUGCAGCUGGCAGCCGUGCAGACUUUUGCGUAUGCAAAACCUUGGCUCUUCGUGCUGCUCGGGUUAGCUGCCGUGGCACUGGUAUCCUUUGCUUUCACGGACAACUUGGAAAUGCCUCGGGGCACCAAGAUGUCAAUGUGCAGCAGAGCUGCUUCUGCCCUGGAGCUUUGGCAUGAUCCAACACUCUGGCUGCUUUCUUUGACCGCAGUAUCCUUUGGCUUUUCAGUGGCUUGGCUCAACAGCCGCGUCAACGCGCAGCUGGUGGAGGCCUUGGGACAGCCCAACUUGGGCUUCGCGGGCGCUUUGACCACAGCCGUAGCUGGAGUGACAUCCAAAUUGUCCGGCCUGGCUGAGAAGAAAGGCGCCUUCAUCGCCUUGGGUGCCGCGUCCUUCUUCCUCGUGGGCGUGCUGAGCACAGUGCGGCCUGCGUCGGGCUGGGGUUUGUGGGUUCUCCUGUUCUAUGUGCUUCAUGGGAUUGGGAGAGGAGUGUACGAAAGCACUUACAAGGGUGUGUUGGGCGACUUCUUUCCCAGCAAGGCUGUUGGCGCCUUCGCAAACGUGCUGGUGCAAAGCAUGUUGCCCUCGAUCACCGUGCAUGUCUUGGCAGCUCUGGGGCAUGAGGCAAUGGCGAACAACCUGCUGAUCGCGAGCGCUGCCCUCACAUUGCCCUGCUUCCUGCUGGCGGGUCUACGCGCAAGGACCGACCUCAAGCAUUCCGAUGGAUGA